CCCUGGUCAGGGGGCGCCUGAAGAUUUUCUUUCCUGUCGGAGACUCCAAAUCAGAUAAAUAGAAAAAAAAGCUAUCCAAGAUGACUGUCACUUACUCCAGUAAGGUAGCCAAUGCGACUUUUUUUGGAUUUCAUAGGUUACUCCUCAAGUGGAGAGGCAGCAUCUACAAACUACUGUACAGGGAGUUUAUUGUUUUUGCUGUUUUUUACACAGCAAUAAGUUUGGUGUACAGAUUGUUACUUACAGGAGCCCAAAAACGUUACUUUGAAAAAUUAUCAAUUUACUGUGACAGAUAUGCUGAACAAAUUCCAGUAACCUUUGUGCUUGGGUUCUAUGUUACUCUGGUGGUGAACCGAUGGUGGAACCAGUUUGUGAACCUGCCCUGGCCAGACAGGCUGAUGUUCCUCAUCUCCAGCAGCGUGCACGGCAGGGACGAGCGCGGGCGCCUGCUCCGGAGGACCCUGAUGCGCUAUGUCAAUCUCACGUCCCUGCUCAUCUUCCGCUCGGUGAGCACCGCUGUGUACAAAAGGUUCCCAACGAUGGACCACGUGGUGGAAGCAGGUUUUAUGACAACAGAUGAAAGAAAAUUAUUUGACCACCUCAAGUCUCCUCAUCUGAAAUAUUGGGUUCCAUUCAUCUGGUUUGGAAAUCUGGCAGCUAAAGCCCGGAAGGAAGGCAGAAUCAGAGACAGUGUUGAUCUGCAAUCAUUGAUGACUGAAAUGAACCGAUACCGCUCUUGGUGCAGCCUCUUGUUCGGUUAUGACUGGGUUGGGAUCCCGCUGGUUUACACCCAGGUUGUCACUCUGGCUGUCUACACCUUCUUUUUUGCGUGCCUGAUCGGACGCCAGUUUUUGGAUCCCACCGAAGGCUACGCUGGGCAUGACUUAGAUCUUUACAUUCCAAUCUUUACUCUCCUACAAUUCUUCUUCUACGCCGGAUGGCUCAAGGUGGCUGAGCAGCUCAUCAACCCUUUCGGAGAAGAUGAUGAUGAUUUUGAAACGAACUGGUGCAUUGACAGAAAUUUGCAGGUCUCUCUUUUGGCUGUGGAUGAAAUGCACAUGAGCUUACCCAAGAUGAAGAAAGACAUUUACUGGGACGAUUCCGCUGCUCGCCCCCCAUAUACACUGGCAGCUGCUGACUACUGCAUACCCUCAUUUCUGGGGUCAACAGUCCAAAUGGCGCUGUCUGGGUCCGACUUGCCCGGCGAGGAGUGGCUGGACUACGAGAAGCACGGCCACCGCCACUCCAUGAUCAGGCGGGUCAAGAGGUUCCUGAGCGCCCACGAGCACCCGGGCAGCCCGCGCGGCAGGCGCUACGCCCGGCAGGCCAGCGAGAGCUCCGCCUUCUUCCCGCCCGGCGACCUCAGCCCCGCCAGGGACCUCCUGGACGUGCCGGCCCGGAGACCCCGCCGCGCCCCCAAGCACCUCGCCCCCGACGGGAGCCCCGCGCUGCACGCCAGCCUGGGCGAGCUGUCCACCAUCAGGGAGACCAGCCGCGCCAGCACCUUGCAGAGCCUGACGCCGCAGACCAGCCUGCGGGCCUCCCCGGUCAAGAUGCCGCAGGUCCCCGAGGUGCGGAUCACCGCCCCGGGGCCCGCGGCCGAGGACCUGGGCGACUCCACCGCCUCCAUCCAGAGCUUCGAGUUCACCGGGGUGCAGCCCAGCGGCCCCGGGCAGCCCGGCGACCCCCUGAGGCUGAGGGUGCUCCCCUCGGGGGAGGGGACGCCUCCCCGAGGCCCCAGUCCCCAGGCUGUCUCCGCCCAAGCGGAGCCGGACCUGUUCCCGUUCGCCCCUGGGGAGGACCCUUUCGCCAACGACUCGUUCCCCAAAAGGUGGAGCCUCCCGGGCUUCCUGGAGUCCAGCCACACCUCCCUGGAGGCCCGGGGGCUGGAGCCCGCCGACCCCGAGCCGCCCCUGUUGCUCGACACAGAAACGUCCUCCGAGACCAGUGGCAUCAACUUUGUGGCUGGCCCGCGAGCCUCCCCCGACCUGCUGUACCUGAUGGAAACCCUGGACACCCAGGAAACGGACAUCGUAGAGUUCAACCACGAGCGGACGGACGGGUCGCCCGGAGGAAAGCCAGCCAGCUCCAGGACCUAG